AUGUUGCAGUCCAUUGGAAUGUCACUUCAUUUUGACACAAUGUGAGUGUGUUUACCAGUGUAUCUGAAACUAUUAACAAUCUGAAAAUCAUUCACCAUACAGUAUUUAGGAAUUCAUUACAUGUCAAUUACAUACAUGCAUAAAUAUUGGAACUCAUCUCCAGUCUCGUACUCCUUUGAGUAGGCCUAAAUUAUUGCUGGAAAAUUGAAAUAGAAAAUGGAUAAUCAAAGCCUCACUUUUGGCUCUCUAUUUCAUUUGUCAAGCACUAUUUCAGGCAUUCAGAUGUAAAGAUGACUGGGGCAUAGUCAGUAAAAACAACUAAAUAUAGAAAGACAACUAAACUAACAAAGAUGUGUUACAUAACUGCAUAUCAGGCUAGCUAUGAGAUGUGGAGAUUUUUGAAUCGGGAAAGGUUUUAAUUCUUUUCCAAGGUAAGCCCAUUCUCGUACCCAGAGCCCUACUUGAGGGGCUCUAGCCAAAUCCAUAUCCCAAAUGGCAUCUGAUUGGCUAGUUCUAACACCGGAUAUUGUUUUCUUACCAUGUUUUUAUGUUAUCCGGUUAUGGAUUUGGCCAGAGCCUCUCGUCGCACCGCGAGUAAGAAGGGCUCUGGGUACGAGAAUGGGUUAAUAAGCCAUUAGCAUUGGAGGUAACUGUAAUGUGAAAGGUGUAUUGUUGAUACACUGAUUGUUUUUUAGAACAAAUUUCUUGAAACAGAGGCUGGAUAAUUAUGAUAAAAUUAUCUCUGAACAUGCACCUGUUGAUAUCCCUGUUAUAUUGUUGCUGGACAACAAAAACAUGUACAGAGGAAAUAAACGUCAUCACCGAAUUUUUAAAGUUCUUGGACCCACAAUGUGGAAUUUCGCAGUUCGGGGUGCAAUUAUCCCCAACUGCGAUGGUGUACGUGAUCUGCUUGACAACCCUGAAAUGACACAAGAACCACAGAAACAGCUAACAACCCUGAAGCCAGAAGAUCUUUUCAUUGGUAUGUCUAUUUAGCAUACAGUAUGUAUAUGAUGAGAGGAAGUCUAUUAUGGAUCUUUAAAAUACUAAAAAUUGUGUUAAGUGUUUUAAACAAUGUCGAAUGCAUGAUUUAGCCUGUAGUCAAAUUCAUCUACAAUCAGUUUCAAAAGUCUUGGGACAGAUGCCACAAAACCUUUGAAUUUCAACAAACGACAAUCCCCCCGCCCCCUGUUCAAUGUUGUGUCCCAUUUCUCGUCGGGUUUGAUGUGUUUUGGUUUAAACAACAUUGAUUGGGGUGGGGGGAGGGGGAGGGGAGCGGUAUUGUGUGUAAAAAACUAUAAUGAUCCACUUACAAGCUAAAACUACAUGUGUCCCAACAACUUCUGAAAGUGAUUGUAGUUCUACCUAUUUACACAGGAACUUGUAUGACUAGUAGUCAUGCUCGGUUUCCCAUGUGAACAAAUAGAACCUGAUGAAUUUGAUUCUUUGACUGAUAAGAUAGUCUACCUGAAAAAUAUAAUGCGAACUUAAUGUAUCACGCAAAGGCUCUUCGUCUGGAAGGACUUUCUUAACCAAAGCAUUUUUGUAAAGAAUCUACCCACAAUAGCAACCCACUUAUGAGAAUUUGAGUACGGUCGGGAAAUUGUCCAGUCUUGUCACUUAGCCUUACAUUGGGGAAUUUAUGAACGUGUAUUAAUGUGCAUGGUACCAAUGCAACAAAAUCAUAAUGAUUUCCUUUUUGUUUUGCUAGUGAAUUAUUAAUUUGGUUGAGGAUUAAUAAUUGAUAUUGUAAAAUCCAACAAAAAAUAGUAACACAUCUGGGAUAAUUUCACCUAUACUUACUUGUACAACCAAGUCCCUUCAUGUGUAAUCUAAGCUUAUAAAUCCAAAUAAUUUUCUUUAAUAUUUUAUAGAGUCGAACCCAGACCAUAUGAAAAAGUGGAGAGACUCAAAAGAUCUGUACUUGGCAAAGCUUUUGGACACCGGAUUAAAUUCAGUUUCUCCUUCCCAGCAGCAAUUUAGCUCCAUGACGGAAUUGGAAUUUACAUCAUGGUUAAAGAAAAAAAAUCUGAAUAGAACUUAUGUGUCAAAGAAAAAGUAUGUGUUAAAUUAUUCAUCAACAUCGUCAGAGAGUACAACAGAAUGUACUAAUACAUUGGUGUUACCACUAUCCCUUGAGAAUAAUGCCACUAUCACCGGAACAGCUUCUGUACUGGAAGAAUUUGAAAAGGAAUUCAAUAUCCCCUGCUACCAUGCGAGAGUUGUUUUGCCGUACGAUGAGAGAAUGAAAACAUUUAAUAUUGACGAUGCAAGAAAACAUCACGAAUUUUUGUACUUGCUACAAGAACACAAGAAAGACAUGGAACAGCUUAUGCAGCAACUGUCAAAUAUGGAAAAAGAACUUACCGAUGGAGAUGACCCAACAGAAGUAGAAAGUGAUGAGGAAAUUGAUGAUGAAGGUGAAAAUGAAACUUUGCAAGCCUAUUCGUUUCAGAAGAUUGAUGGAAAAUUCAAGAAAAUUUAUGAGAAACUCGCUCAAAAAAUGUGGAACGCUCGUCUUUCAGGCGACCCUGCUGUUACUAUUGAAAUGCAACAAUACAUGCGCAUCAAUAGGGCUUCUUGGGAAAAAGCAACAGAUCAUCAUGGAUCCACAGUCAUGCACCAUGCAGUACAAAAUGGUAAUUAUGCUUUGGUGAAAACAUUACUUAAUGCUGGGGCGAAUAUAAAUGUGAAGGAGAAAUGCGGUGCAACACCUCUCUCACUCGCUGUACUCAAAGGUGACGAGGAAAUGGUACGGAUUUUACUCGAAAACUUUGCAAUAUGUCGUGAAAGAUUUUUCACUUCAGUUCCUGGACCAAAAGCAAUUGCAGAAAAGCUUGAUCAUGAUAACAUUAAAGUACUAAUUGAACAAUAUUUAGCUGGAGAAGAUAAACUAGACCUGUUGGUUUGGGAAAUGACUGAAGGUGAUUCAUCUGAACCGAUGGUGGCAACAGAGGAUAUGUUGGAUCGAGAACAGAAGGAUGAUCAAGAACACAAGGCAUAUGGUCGUGAUAUAAAUAAAUGCAAAACUUUGUUAGUUGGCGAUCAGGGAACUAACAAAAUUAUUCGAAGUGUGAAGCAAAAAUCACGGUCAGCAUACGAGUGGGCAGCAGAGGUCCCAGGUGAUAUGCAUGCUAGAGGUGGGUAUAUAGGAUAACUGUAGAAUAGUUACAGUAUUGAGAAGUCCCUUUUUAUGAACAAAAUUCCUCAUGCAGUCUCUUCCUACAGCAUAGCAUAUUCUUGCUCAAACAUCAGAGGAUGUAUGCUCAGUGAAGCCUGUUUCCAAUGCCCACUGGCUGAAUUCGUUCGUGUGGCAUUUUAUUGAUAAUAUUAAUAGCCGAGUUCAUAUUUUGUUACCAGGUAACACAAUUUCCUACUUUGUCCUAUAAUAUGUUGGCAAUGGACAAUUUCCAUAUAAAAUAAAUUUUAAUCUAAAUAAAGAAAAGGGAAUCAAACAUCACAGAUAAAAAGAACAUAAUGAAAAUGGUAGUGCAAAGUUUGGUUGUGAAAUGUUGUAAAGCUUGGCAAAUACAGCCUUGCGAAGUUUGCAAAUUUUGAAUAUGUUUGUAUUACGUGACGAAAAUUGCUACCACUUUCUUCUCACUGGAGUGGCUGCUUAACAAUAAUCCCAACAUCAUUACAUGCAUUAGGCAAAACAAUUCUGGUGCAUUGCGUUCAACAGGUUUCAGGAAUAGGUUCUUUGUGACUGUUCACUAAUAUAACCAGGCCUGGAGCUACGGGGGUUGUGGGGGGUGUGACACCCCCCCCCCCAGUAAUUGUAUUCAGUCGGCAGGACUGCUAUUCAGUCGGUAGGACUGCUAUUCAGUCGGUAGAACUGCUAUUUGGGUUAAAUAUUUUUGGCGUAAAGGGCAAGAACGUGGUGGGAAUUUUAGGAAAAUUUUGAGGAAAAAUGUAAAAAUUUUGGAAAAAUGUAAAAAAAUGUUGAAAAUUUGUUAUGUGCGGAAAAUUUUUAAAUGUUCCGGAAAAUUUUUGUACGUCCGGAAACAUUUUUCGACCGCUAAAAUGGUACACUGACCGAAAUUUUUCUAUUCAUCAACAUCCUUUUACUAUUUUCAGGCUAUUUGUAUGAGGUUUGCAAAAAGACAAUGGGUCAGUCAGGUUUUAUGUGUGUUGCUCAACAUGUCAUGAAAAGAGUCAAAGUUACUGAUGCUGCAUUUGGUGAUAAAAAGUUCCAGUACCAGAACCUGAACCGUAUUGGCGAGGCUGUAACGGAUGUUUCUAUGGCAUAUGGGCUAGCUGCAGUUCAAGAAUUCAUUGCAAGUGAAAUGUUUCCUUCUAAAGACGCUCUUGAUGCAUAUGAACAUAAACAUGGAAACCAUCAUGAGCUUCUUCUAAACUUGUUUAAAGACUGGAUUGAAAAUAACAGCAGUAAUCCUCAAUUCCAGUACCACUGUCAAUUGAUCACUCUCUUCGGCCCAUUGAGGGAGUUAUAUUUAACAAGUGUAAAGUGUGGGGAUGGUAUCGGUCGUGAGGCUGUUUGGAUGCUCAUGUUACCACUGUUUGCUCAGUUACAGAAACGGAACUACUGGACUGAGGCUUUUGUACACCUUGUCAACCUUUUAGCAGCAUGGCCUUUGGCAACUAGAAAACUACUACAGAACAAUUGUUCAGUUAAUGUGAAGGGAAGACAUGGUCAUAACAUUGCCUUGGAUGAGUGGGUGGAAUCAUACUUAGUCAGACCAUUAAAGAAUUAUGCUUCAGGUAAGUCAAAAAUAAGAAUUUGUAGAAAAUAUGUUUUGUGCAUGAAUUACAUAUUUGCCCUGCAAUAUACAUGGAUCACAGAUGUUUAAUACACAGAUGGUGUAUUCAAAUAUAUAACUUUGGCACCCAUAACAAAAUAACAAAAAACUUUUUCUUUUAUACAAUACCAGCUUAAUAGUUAUUAUACGUCAAGGAAACCUUUUAAUAAGUUUGUUUACUGUAUUUACAAGAAAAAGACAUAUUUUAUGAACAUCUUAGCUGUCAAACCCAUUAACUGGCAAUACCAUCCCUAUGCAGCCACUUUAGUAUUUUACUCUGUUCAACACCAAAUGAUUCUACUCAUCAGUGGAAGAGUUACUGCCAGUUAUUGGAUUAAAUCAAUUUAAAAAUUGUUUUAAAGGUUAUUCAAGUGUUAACACACUUAUUUGUGCAAACCUGGAAACUGUUGGAAGAGUUAGACAUGCUUUUGCAGGCCAUGAGGCAUUCAAUAUCCAUCCCACUACCAAUCAUACGGAAGAAGAUCCAUUUCCUGAUCAACUUAAAGGGAUGUGGUUUUGUCUGCACAAGAAGUUUUUUCAACCUAACAAAGAAUGUAACACAGUGCCAGUCAUAUUGGGCACAGGCGAAGAGAAAGGCAAAUUGCCAGGCAGGUUGUUUGAUGUGUAUGAUAAAGGGAAAGAAAAAGUAAAAUUGAACUUUGGAAAAAAAUUGUUUAACACUUUUCAUGUGAUUUCUAAAUCAAACCAGGCAUGUGAUGAAGAUGUGGAAGAAACUCUUAGUGACUGUGAUGUACCAUGA